GGUAAGGAUACACCCAGUUGUUGCGCGUCCUUGAAGGUAGUAUCCGAAAGACGAGAGCCAAAAACUCCACUUGGAAUCGGUUAUAAUUAUAUGAAAAAUGGCCCCAGACACCAUCAGGAUGGCGAUAUUGGACUGUCUGGAAAAUCUAGAAAAAGAAGACAAGGACAAGUUCCUUUACCAGCUGAUCCACCGCGGCGGAGACCCUAAAGUCCGGCGCAAUAAGGUGGAGGGGAAAAGCCUCCUGCAGAUCACCGACACCCUGGUGAACACUUUCACGGAGCCUGUUGCUUAUGAGGUGACUGUGGAGCUUCUAAACAAGAUCGGCUGCAGCGACGACGCAAAAGAACUCGCUCAAGUCGUCAAAAGCCUGACAUCCUCCACUCCCUCCAGCAGCGGCGAGGCCUCAGGCAGAGCAGCCAGUCGACCUGCCAAUGCAACCAGCCUACACUUCAUUGAUAAACACCGGGUCGCACUGAUCAAUCGAGUGACCAAUCUCGACGCAAUCUUGGAUGAGCUCCUGGGCCAAUUCAUCGAUUCUGCAGGUUAUAGCAAAGUCAGAGCCAAACCAACCAAUGAGGAAAAGAUGAGGGAAAUCUUAGAUGUAGCAAUGAAAGGGGGUACAAAGUGCAAAGACAUCCUCUAUGAAAUCCUUGAGCGUCAUGAGAAGUAUCUUCUGGAAGAACUCAACAACGCAUAGGGUUCAUCAGCAAUGUGACCGCACAAUUUCACUGUUAAAGACCAAUUUGUAGGUUGAAUUUCUUUUUAUAUAACAAGGGGUUGUGGUUUUCUACAUUAGUGUUCCAUCUGUACUGUGAUAAAAACUGUGACAGAAAAACUAAUCAGCUCAAUUAAAUAUGCCAGGAGGAUUAAGCAGAGAUGUUUAAAUGUUAAAAUGUAGAGAGUAAAAGUAAAAAAUGUGAAACAAAAUCCUCAUGUAAAGUUUAGAUACCUGCCAACUCUAAGUACACGAACAAUGUACCUAUACUAUUACUAUUUUUUUUCUGCUUAUUCUCAUUUCUGCUGGGUCUUUUUGUUGUAAUUUUUCUGUCAUUAUUGUAUGAAUUUAUAUCUUUUCCCUCCCUUUUGUAUAACCGAUCAUCGUUAUUCGUAGAUUUCUUCUUGUUAAGUGUGAUCUGACAUUACAACACUGCUUUCCACAAUCUAGCUGACUCCGUUAUUCCAAGAACAACUCCAGACCUCACUUAAAUGUUUAUGUACAUACGUUAUAUAAAUGUAUCAGAAUCUAGGUUAUUUUCAUACACAUUAUCUGUGGUUAUCGACCUGCAAGUUGCUCUUUAACGUUUUAUAGACCAAAAAUAAACCAGCAUACCUUCUGCCAGAAUGCUUUUUAACAUUUACCACAGGGAUAUUAUGUUAACUCAGUCUUUAUGUGGGUUUUUUCUUCAUAUUGCUAUAUUCUCAGGUGCUAAUUUGUAAAGUGGUGCGCUGAUGUCGUAGCUAAACAUCAUUAUCAGUAACUCAGAUAACAUUUCAGUGAUUGCAGUGGUGGAUAUUUAUCUGCUGUGUUGUAUUGGAGUUUGUUUCAUGAAUUUGAAUGGCAGGAAGUCUUUCAAUAUGUUCAUAUGAUUAUGAUUUCUCUGUUUACAUGAAACAGCAUCAGCCCAGAAAUACGAUGCAUCCUUAUUUUACAUCACCUCGCACUUUCACAGUUAAACUAUAUAUAAUAUGAGGAAUUUGCUGAUUGAAUAAUGUAUGUUGUGUAAGUCAUAGGAAUUAAAUGUUUACCAGGGAAUAAUGAAAAAAAAAAGUCAUUACCGGUCCAAACAAAUGUGAGUUCUUUUUUGAUAGAUGAUUAUUCUUUGAUAAAUGAACUGUUUAGUGAAUUGCAAAGUUAAGGAUAUGAUGGAGUUUUCAGCUAUUUUGAUUCAGGAUGCUUUCAUUCAUAGUAAUCCUUUUAAAUUUUGUUAUAUUGGUCAGUUAUUUUAAUCACUGUAAUGUCAGUACAAUGGAGAGAGUUUACUCGUAUUGAUGAUGAUUCUUUUUUAAUCACAGGCUACGUAAUGUUUUUGAUGAGACCGCUUAUAUAAAUUCUCUGAGUGUGCUUUUAUCUUGAUCAUCUUUGCUUUUAACUAUCCUCAAAUCGUGGUUUUCAUGUUAACGUGUCAUCCCUUGUCUGUUCUUAUGAUAUUCUGGCUCUUAAAUAAAAAAAAUUGAGGAAUA